UUUUCCUUUUUUCUUUUCUUUUCUAAAGCAUGAUUUCCAAUGAAGCCCAACCCCUGGAUUGCGUUUGACAAAUCACAAAUCUGAAAUCCUACAUUUGUCCGCAGUGUGAACACCAACCUUCCAAAUCCAAAUUCAUACGCUUAUUUUGACUGUAACCGGUAACCGCUCCCUCCUCCCACGCUGCAAUAGCCUCCAUUGAGGACCCUCCUCUCGAUUUCUCUCUCCGCAUUCAACAAAAACAGAGCAUCCCUGACUUACCCAAAAUGCCAGCCCACCCCACAAACACGCAAAGAACCAAGAUAGCACGUUCCGUUUCAUCUUCUGCAUAGAUCUCUGUAUGUCAUUUCAGGGCUGCAGCUCAAAAGAGGGGGGAGGAAGAAGAAAGGUGGGUGCAGAGGAAAUGGUGCAUUAUCAGCGGCACCAUCAGUGGAGGAAAGGGGAAGAAGCUGUUGGAGAAGAUGAGUCACAGACCAGCCCUGGUUAUUGCAAGAGAACAACUAGACCUAAGCUUCUUUCUCUCCUUCUCUUUUCUCUUCUCUGCUGCUUCUGCUUGAUCUUGGGUCCCCAGCUGUUCAGAUAUUCCUCCACUCUCUCCCUCUUAUGUAAGCUUUUCUCUUUCAUUCUCUUAUAUGCAUUUGGGGUUGAUGGUGAAGCCAUGGUUGCUAAAACGUAUGCAAGUGCUUCCCCCUGUUCCUCAAUCUCUGACGGAACUAUCUGUUGCGACAGAAGCAGUAUGCGGUCAGAUAUAUGUUUCAUGAAAGGGGAUGUGAGAACACACUCUGCUUCCUCUUCAAUCUUCCUUUACAGCUCAAAAAAUACCAAUGGUUUCCUCAAUAAUGUUACGGGCAUAGCCCGAGAAGGGGAAGAAGUGGGAGUCCAGCAUGAAAAGAUCAAACCCUACACCCGGAAAUGGGAAACCAGUGUUAUGGACAAAAUUGAUGAAUUAGACCUCGUUUCGGUAAAAGAGAAUUUGGGCACUCGCCGUCGAUGUGAUGUUCAGCAUGAUGUUCCAGCAGUGUUCUUCUCGACUGGAGGCUAUACCGGUAACGUGUAUCAUGAAUUCAAUGACGGAAUCAUUCCUCUCUACAUUACUUCUCAGCAUAUGAGCAAAAAUGUUGUGUUUGUUAUUCUUGAUUAUCACAAGUGGUGGAUUACUAAGUAUGGUGAUAUCCUUUCGCUUUUUUCGAAUUAUCCGGCAAUAGAUUUUGAGGGUGACCGGAGAAUCCAUUGUUUCCCAGAAGCCAUUUUUGGUCUAAGAAUCCAUGAUGAGCUCACUGUGGAUUCUUCAUUGAUGGGGGGGAAUAAGAGUAUUAGAGAUUUUCGAAACCUACUAGAUCGAGCUUACUGGCCUCGAAUCAGAGGUUUAAUCCGAGAUGAGGAACGAAAAGCACAAUUGAAAUUGAAAGAGAUUUCUUUAUCCCCUUCAUCAAACUUCUCAUUAGAAACUGAGAAAGUAGUCCAAGAUGAGGUUCCGAUGAAACCAAAACUGGUUAUAUUAUCUCGAAACGGGUCAAGAGCAAUAGUUAACGAGGAUUCAAUGGUGAAAAUGGCUGAGGAAAUUGGGUUUCGGGUUGAAAUUUUGAGGCCUGAUCAGACAACAGAACUGGCAAAGAUUUACCGGGCACUUAAUUCAAGUGAUGUUAUGAUUGGAGUCCAUGGUGCUGCUAUGACUCAUUUUCUGUUUCUAAAGCCUGGUUCUGUGUUCAUCCAAGUAGUUCCCCUGGGAACUGAAUGGGCAGCGGAGACUUAUUAUGGGGAACCUGCUGUGAAGCUUGGGUUGAAGUACAUUGGCUACAAAAUCCUGCCAAAGGAAAGCUCAUUGUACAAUGAAUACAAUAAGAGUGAUCCUGUGCUGAAAGACCCACGGAGUGUGGUAAAAAAGGGGUGGCAAUUCACUAAGAAGAUUUAUCUUGAUCACCAAAAUGUGAUAUUGGAUCUAAGAAGAUUUCAGAAGCGGUUGGUUCGGGCCUAUGAAUACUCCAUCUCUAGAAAGAAACCGAAUUUCCAUCGUCAUUCGUCGUCGCAAUCAUUCUCCUAAGAAUUUUACCUAAAUUUUGACUAUUAUUUGUUCCUAACCCACCAUUCUUUGACAGUUGUUGAAUCAAAAGGAAAAGAAGAUUAGGCAGAUGUUUUCUCUGAUAUAAUUGACCUUAUAUUGCAGGUGUCAACACAAAUGGGAAAAAAAAUUUUAAAAAGAAAGGUUUUUUCUUUGUAUAUGCAAUUCUUUUUUUUUUCGGUGGGGGUGAGGGUGUUGUAAAUUCUGUUCAUUUGUACUGAACAUACUUUCUGUGAAGGGAUACUGAAUGUUGGAUUUGAUCAGGGGAAUUCAUUAUACCACAAUAAUGAUAUUUUGAUGUCUCAAUGUUUGCUGA